AUGCAUUUUGUAAAUAAAAAAUUUAAAUAUGGAUAUUCGUUGGAUGAUGGAACUUCAACAAUAGUGUCACCACCUAAUUUGAAAAAAAUUGUUUUAACUCAACAAAAUCCGAAAUUUUUAUUUUAUGGAACAAGAACCGAAAUUUUAGAAUGGAUGGAAAAAAAUAAAGAUAUCAUCAUUGAGUAUGAAUCGGAUAAUUUAUCUUCUUCACCAACACCAUCAGUAUUGUCAUCAUCAGACAACAAUAAAGAUAAUAACUUUUUUGUUAAUUCUCCAACAAAAACUACAAUAUCCCCAGAAUCUACAUUCUUGCAAAAUUAUAAAAACAUUGAUAAUGAUAAUGCAAUAACAUUUAAUUUAUAUGGUAUAAUAUCAGAUGAACUGGUUUCUUGUAAACCUUUAAAUUUUGCAAUUAAUUAUUUAACAUGCUUCGAUGUGUUGUUGGAAAUAUUCCCAACUAAUUUACUAAAUAAAGAUUAUAAGAAAUAUUUACCAAUUAAAACCACAAUUCUACCAUCUGGUAUGGAUUUACAAAGUGUUUCAAGGGAAUUGGAAAAAAGUUGGAAACAAACUUCAUUAAACAAUCAUUGUGACAAUUUAUUAUCGAAAAAAUAUAUACCAAUAAUUAAAAAAGCCAAAUCUGCUAAUCCUUUUAAAGAUGACGAAGAUGGUGGAGAAAAAAGAAGAAAUAGUUUUAGCGAAGUUGCCAAAGAAAAAUCGGAAAUGUUUGAAGUGGAAGAAGACAUAAAUAACUACAGCCAUAAGCCAUUCUCAUUAAGGCAAUAUGGCAGUAGUAAUAAUUUAUUGGAUUGGAUCUCUACAAAACCUCCAACUUUUUAUAGUCAUAAAAAUAGAGAAGCGUCAGCUUCUUCAAAAUCAACCCCAAUUCCACCCGUUGUUAAUCUGCCUUUGUACGAACAUAGUCAUGAUGAUCUUUUAUUAGAACGCGGUUCUUCCAUGAAAAGAAAUAACUUAUUAUAA